CUCAAAACGAAAUGUUCUCGCGGCGUUUCGCAGCCUUCUUUCGAUUCAACCGACAUGUGGCCCAAAAAUACGGCAGUUUCAUAGCUGCCGGCUUUAGCAACAGGUUUUCGAUGAAGGUUGUAACUCUGCUGCCGCUGGUAGUCCUCCGAUCCGCGGAUUGCAGGCAAAAAGAGGACCAGGAGGUGAAGCGACCGGUCCGGAGGCGCACCAUGAGCAAGGUUAAGUACGAGACGAGUCUGGAGGGGAAGGCACAGUUCUAUCUCAACGCCAUGAAGGUGAGGUGGGACCAGCUGCACAAGGUGCCCGGGCUGUUUUCGUAUCAAUUAGAGAAAUCCCCUCAGAGCCGGAAAAUACCAGGAUACUGGGGCUUCUAUGCGGAGCUUAAUUCAGAUCGAAACCUUAAGCGCAGACGUCCCCAGACCAUUGAGAGCCUCAAUCCCACCUUUAAGCACAUGAUGUUCAACUUCAAUAAAGUCGAUGCCCAGGAGGUGAUCUUGACCAUUGAUGAUGCACACGGCAGCCCCGAAGUUCAGAUGAUCAUAAACAAGAGCCCAAUCACCAAAUAUCAUACUUUGAUCUGCCCGGAAGUAGGAAAAAACCAUACCCAACGGAUUACCCGUGACGCUCUUCAGUUCUGCAUCACCUUUAUGCGAAAUAUCGAUGACAAGGAUAUGCGCAUGGGUUAUAAUAGCCCUGGAGCACUGGCCUCUGUAAAUCACCUUCAUUUUCAUCUUCUCCACAUGCCCCAGGAUUUAUAUAUAGACCAAGUUCCCUUGGAUGAGCUGGCCGGGGGUUAUGUUUAUCGUUUGAGCCGUAGGGCGCCCACGGAAGGAAUAUGUAUAGUAUUUAACGAAAAUGAUAGUGAUGAACAGGUGGCGGAGAAAGUGGAUCAGCUCUACAUGCUCGCCAUGUGGAUGUGCAAGAACAAUAUGCCACACAAUCUGUUCCUUACUCAGGAUCGGAGACCCGGAAAAAGCGGUAAUGUUAAGGUAUUCGUAUUUGCCCGCUCCGAGUACUGUGUAAACAAGGAUUUGGCCGAGUUUAAUGUCGGUUUCUGUGAGUUGGCUGGUUACAUUCCCUUGCCAGAUGCUGAAAAAAUGGAGAACCUUACAGAGCUUCAGGUGCUCUUUAGGAUUCGAACAAUAACUGGCAAUGCUCCAAAGGCUGUGUACGAGCAAAUUACGGGUAUGGUCGAAGGACAAGAACACUAUCUUUGGGACCAACCAUUGACGAUAUGAAACACAGAGAAUAAAUAAUCAGAGGCUUCUAACUAGA